CCCCUCGUUUUGAAUGCCGUCAAAUGACAGCACAAAUACUUGUAACACGCGUUUUCUAUCUGACCUUAAAUAAACGAGCUUGCGCUCCAUUCGGCCUCUUUUACCGCUGAACACCAAACGGGAAACAUCGAGUUUUUCUGCUCCGCAAACCUAUCCAAAUCACAACCCUCAUUUCUAAAUCCCGGUUGUUUUAAUUGGCGACGAAGGAGUGAAGAACUACGCGAGCGAUUUUUUUUCUUUCGGUGGUGUAUUUAAUCGAACAGUUUUUUUUAAUCAAUUUUUCCUUUGCGGGAUUGAAACGAUCGUCCUGUUCGGGUGUACACGCAUCGGGGAAGAAAUUUGCUAGCCAUUGUGUGCGAGUAGCGGCGGCACCAUUUUGUUUUCUACAAACCGACGCCGAGUGAGCAGCAGCAAAAAACCGAGGAUUCUGUCGGUGUGCCUGGAAGUGCGGUACCUGUUGGCCGGAGAUUCGCAUCGGAACGGUCGCAGCACGGCGAAUUCCGUGGUUCGGGCGGCAAGUGGCACGAUUUUGCGCGGCGUAUUCCGGUGGAUUUUUUGCUGAUUCGGUGCGGUGAAGGUUCUGCUUUUUGCGGUGGUUUGGAGCGUCGGCAGUUCCGGCGGCAUUUUUGGGACAAAGGAGAGCGUUCGUUGGCGGCGGUGACCAGGCGAUUUGUUCUUGGACCGGGAGAAAGCAGCUUUGUGAGGCCAAAUCGCCACGGUGUAAUUCAGCUGUUUGAGCCGGUGCACAAACUUUUGCUUCGCUGAACGACGUUUUCCUGUGCUGGUGCACGGUGCGCACGACGAGUUUUAAAGGAGGUUAAGUUUGCUUGCUGGCAAAGGCCGGGUGCGAGAUCGACAUGGGUUCGAACGGGUUAGCUACCUCUAUUGAGAUGUUUAGGAAGGGUACGUCAUUUACGGACUGGUCAGAUCGACUGGCCUAUACCUUUCACGCAAAUCAAGUUGCGGCUGAUCGCCAAAAAUCGCAUUUCAUGACGAUUUGCGGACCGUUUCUUUUUUCUCAAUUAAAGCUGCACUACAGCAAAGAUGAGCUGGAUAAAGCCUCUUAUGCUGAUAUUGUGUUAAAAUUGAAACAAAAAUUGGACAAAACGGAGCCGGACUUAGUCCAGCGCUUUCGUUUUAGUCAGCGAAACCAGCAACCUGAUGAAUCCAAUGAGGAUUUCGUGCAGGCGGUCAAGCUGCAGGCGGAAUUCUGUGGUUUUGGUGCGUUUAAGGACGUGGCCAUAAUGGACAGAGUUCUGGCGGGUCUUCUUGACGGGAAUUUGAAGGAGAAUUUGUUGAAGGAGGAGGGGUUGACUUUGGACAAGAUGGACAAGUUCAUCACAACAUGGAACAUAGCAAAACGUAACGUGAAUGCACUUAACAAUCAAAACUCUUGUGCUAAUUUUGGACAAUUUAACUACCCUCCACCUGAAAUGGUCAACCAAGUUCGAAGACCGGUGCACGAGAGGUUAGGUUCACAUCCCUACAACAAUAGACAACACUCAAACACACAUAACAACUAUUACAGAUCGGGCUUCAAUAGAAACAAUAAUAGAUACAACAACAAUAGAUCGGGUCAAAAUAAUCAUCAGCAUCGCGCACAAAAUACACAUAACACACAACGUUCAGUCAGAUUUCAAGGUGAUAACCGUAAUAACAAUCAAAGAAACACAAACACAAACAACAACAACAGAUUCAAUAAUCGAACUGAGAGGGUUAAGCCUGAUUAUUCUGAGACUGUUUGCGAUUAUUGUGGGAAACUGGGGCACAUUAAAAGAGGUGCUUCACCUGGAAGAAUUUGCGUCGUGAUGCUGUGA